AUGAAAGCUCUCAGUCUGAUUUUGAUACUUUCACUCAUAUCCUUUGUUCAUGCAGUUUUGCUUUCUGAUGCAUUCACUUCUAAAGAAAUCAUCAAUUAUUUAUAUGGACAAUUGACUCAAUUUGAACUAAGCAAUAAUACAUUAGUUGGAGUUAGCACAUCCGACCAAUUGGUCGGUAUUGACGUAAAAGGGGAUAAUGCUGUGCAUUGGCAGAUUCAUAUUCAUAACUUGGGAUCUAGUAAGUUGUCCACUACUAAAGAAAAAGUCUAUAUUUAUAAUGAAGAAAGCCAUGACAUAUAUCAAGUAGAUUCUAAAAAUGGUGCAUUGAAUAUUGUUACUUUGUCUGCAAGUCCAGUUCAUAUUGCUGAUGCAGGUCAAGGUGUGUUUGUUGUUGAUUCGAGUGGUAGGUUAGCAUACAUUGACCAUGCCACUGGUUCGGUUAGCAAACUCGAACUUGAAGUAGUGGAAACAAUUAGAGUUGAUUCAAAUGGCAGAUUUGCAUAUGUGAUAGUUAACGAUUCACGAUUACUCAAAUUUGGAAAAGGUAGGGUUCUUUUUGACAUUGAAUUUUCCGUAGGAUCAAUUAAAUACUUCAAGUCAGGAAUAAUCAUUACUGAAAACGAUCAAGUUUUCAAAUUGAAUGAACGCAAGAAGAAAUUUACAAGAAUUGAAAAUGAUUCAUUCAAGAAUUUACAAGUUAUCAAUGAAAAUUUCUUAUAUUCUAGUUUGGAUGAUCUGAUCAAGAUUAUAAGUAUCACUAAGAAAGUCGAAUUGGUGGAUACUUUACACAUAAAGUCUGCUUCACGUGUUGAAUUGUUAAAUUCUCCAUUGAAUGAUUUAAUUGUGGCUUCUAGUUCAAUUGGAGUCAAAGAUGUGUUUGAUUUGACUGACUUUUUAAUCACCAAGAACCCAAACAGCAUCAAGAAGUUCACCAUUAAACUUAGCCAUAGCACUUCUCAUGAUUUUCUAACUGUUCACGAGGAUAAAUUGGCAUUACUUUCAAUUGAUAAUGAGUUAAAUGGAGGAUUAUUCAGUUUGUUUGAUGGUCAAUUAAUCAAACCAAUCACUUCUCAUUAUCAAUACUAUUCAAACUCAAAUUCUUACAUAAUUAUCAAUCCACCAGAAUCACAACAAACAAUUCAUCAAGUACAUGAAAUUUUAGAAGUGGAUAACAAGUACAUCUUGACUAAUUGGUUAACCAGAGUCAAACGACACUUGGCCGAACUUGGGAAAUUCAUAGUUUCAUUAGCUAAGAAUGGAAUAACGUCGAACGAAUCUUCCGAAGAUUUUGGAUUCACAAAGUAUAUUGUAUUUUUCGAUGAUUCUCAUCAGAAACUAGUUGCUAUUAAAUCUACUGGUGGUAUUGCCUGGGAAUCAGUACCCAUUCAUGAUGAAUUUAUCUCAUUGGAUCAAUUAGAUCAGGAUAGAUUGAUUGCUAUCUUCCAUGGAUUUGUGCUUGUGUUUGAUAGUUCUGAUGGAUCGAUUAUUGAACGGAUCAGGAAUGAGAAUUAUACUGAGAUUGUUAAAGUAAGAGGGACGGCUGCUUUACGUGGUGAAUCUACUAUUCUUCUUAAUAGUGUUUCCGAAGAUUCUUUUUUGGUUGAAAAGGGUGAGAAUUAUAUUUCCGGACAGUUCAUUCCUCAUGGUGAAGUCACAGCUAAACAAACAUGGAAGUUUAGAUUUGGUGAAACUAUUGUGAACAUGGCUAGUAUUGAUCCUGAUUCAACUACUUCGUCCGUGGGUAUUCCAUUGGCUGACAAAUCGGUAUUGUAUAAAUACUUGAAUCCAAAUUUAGUUUCAGUGCUAACAUUCGACAAACAAUUAAAGUUGUAUUUAAUUGACGGUAUUACUGGUAAUCUAUUGCAUGUUUCUGCUCAUCCUGAAGAAGAAAUCAUUGAUUUAAGUUCAGUAAAGAUUGUCAUGGAUGAUAACUGGAUUGUUUACUCGUACUUUAUCAACUCCCCACGAUUCGAACAAAGAAUUAAUGUUGUGGAUUUAUUUGAUAAGCCACCAAUGCAAACCUCCAAUUCAGUAUUUGACCGAGACUUGUCUAUUGAUUCUGUAAAAACAAAAUCAUUCAUAAAUCCGGAAAGAAUCUUAGACAUUGCCUCAUCUAAAACCAUUUAUGGAAUAACCACAAAAUCAAUUAUUGCAAUCACUGAAUCUGGCCAACUUAUAGAAAUCCCCAAAUUUGUCCUCAACAGUAGAAGAAUAGAUGAUAGGGUUUUGACUAGACAAGACUACCUGAAUGACUUUAGUGUGAUUCCAUAUGAUCCAAUAUUGGCCCAACCACCAGCAAUUAAUCACAAGUAUCAAUUAGACCCAACAGGAAAGAUUCUUAUUAAACCUACGAGGUUUGAAUCAACUAGUGUCAUUUGUUAUUUCAAUAAGUGUAAUCAGUUCUGUUCAGUUAUUCAACCUUCGAAGUCGUUUGAUAUUUUAAGUGGCAGUUUUGCCAAGGGGAAGUUGACCAUUACUGUCAUACUAUUGUUUAUUGUGUUUGUGAUUACUAAACCGUUUGUUUUUAACAAGAAAUUAAAUCGUCAGUGGUUAGAUCGUUAA